UGGCAGCUUUACCAAACAGCAUAAAAGUUAUAAAAUCGAGAAAGAAGAUCCUGGAACCUUUUAUCCCUUCAUCUUCAAUGACACCAUGGGCAUUGAGAAGAGCGACAAGGAAGGGGUACAUAUCGAAGACAUCAAACUGAUCUUAAAAGGAAAGAUCAAAGAAGGAUACAAGUUCAACCCUGGCUGUCCCCUGUCUGAGACUGACCCCUUCUACAACGGUACACCAACUAAGAAUGAUAAAGUUAGUGUUCUAGUUUGUGUUGUUCCUGCCAACACACAAGCACUAAUGGAUGAUAAAGUCGUUCAGAAGAUACGGGACGUCAGAGAAGCAGCCAGUGAGUUAGGAAUCCCACAAAUUGCUGUUCUCACCAAAAUCGAUGAAGCCUGCCCUGAAGUCAACAAAGACCUGAAGAAUGUCUACAAGAGCAAGUACAUCAAAAAGCAGAUGGAAGCAGUGAAUGUUGUGCUGGGAAUUCCAAUGAACUGCAUCUUCCCAGUCAAGAACUACAGCUCAGAAAUCGAUACAGAGGAUGAGACGGAUUCACUGAUACUGAGCGCAAUGAGAAAGAUCCUUGACUACGGAGAAGACUUCCUGAAUGACCAGUCUGCCCCAGAUAACGAUGGCACUUAGGACAUCACCAUCAAUCACAACAUGGAACAUGACUGAAAACAGUGAUAAUAAAAACACUAACAUUUAAC